GUUGGCGCAAACAAGAUGGCAUUAUCUUUCCAUUGCUCCUCCGAUAAUUUCAUACGUUUCGUGCAUUAAGUUUCGAAUUAGACGCGUAGUUUACUUACAUGGAGAGAAAGAAGCAUGCAACGAAGCAACCGCCGAGGAGUUUUAGCCCAGUGGUUGGCAGGCGGUUCGAAAGACCAAAUGGAAAAAUUGAGAUUCGGUCUGCCGUUUGAAGAAAUAUGUAAACCAAACAUUCCUGCAUCUCUUUUGGUGCUGAUACUGAAGAUCACGGCGGAAGGUCCGCACAAGAAGGAGGUUUUUCGAGCGCCCGGCAACCAGAACAGCGUGAAGCAGUUGAUGCGCAUUCUGAGGAAUGGCAAGAGCGCCAAUCUACAGGACUACUCCGUUCACACAGUUGCCUCACUGCUGAAGGUAGGUCUCAGUCGCCUCGUAGCUGAAGGGGUCAUCGUCUCAUCGAUCAUCAUGUCUCUGCAGUCGGUCACGCAGAAUCUCCUCGUGCUGCUCAUCGGCAUGUUCAAGCUGAUCGCCGUCAACGCGGAGCACGCCGGCACGGGCAUGUCCUCCGAGGCGCUCGGCGUCAGCGUGGCGCCAUCUAUACUCCACUCCUGCUCGGCGAACGGCCGAAAGGUCGACGUCGACCGAUUCCGGCAGGCAGCGAGCAUCGUCACAUUCCUCAUAGACCAGUUCGGCGAUUCUGCACUGUUUGGCAGGGAUAAUUACGAGUACUUUGUGCACACGACUCGUCAACUGUUCGACUCCGAUGCUAAGUGGAAGUUCCUGAUGCAGUGUCCGCGCACUCCCGACACAGGGGGAGCCACUAGCCGUGACUUAAGCCUAGGUGUCGACAGCUCCAUGUCUGGACUAGAACUCGGUGAUCUAGAUGAUACAGCAGAACUGACGAAGAGUCAGGAAAGCUUAAGUGCUAUCAGCCGGAGUGCAAAGUCUAGCCGUAGUGGAUCUUUGGCUACUGUCACGGAGGCUAGCUUAAGGACGCGGGCAGCGUCCGUCGACGAGCUUCACGGCGACGCGAAGCGCACGCAGAGCUCGUGCUCGCUGCAGCAGCUGGACAUACGCGAGCGACACGCCGAGCGCAUGCGUGCGCGCUCCGAGUGGUUCCUCGCGCCGCCGCGCCGCGUCGAGAUCACGCUCGACAUGAAGCGCAUCGAGGAGAUCCUGCAGUCGAUGGAGCAGUGCUGGGGAGGGUGGAACGCAUCGGCUGCGGAGGAGAGGGGCGAGUCGGGCGACUCCGUGCCCCGCCUCAAACAUCACCGCUCCGGCGACCUGCUCGACAGCCAAUCGCGCGGCUACAGCCAAUCGGACGAGGUGUUGCAAGAAGGCCACUCUGGGUACGUUAGCCAAUCGGACGACGCGCUCGACCGAGGCACGAGCGGGCGGGCCGGCUCGCACGACAGUGAUAAACUAGGCACCAACCUAGAGUACAUAGACAGCGGCACGGCGUCGCAGUCGGACGACGGCUUCCUCGGGGGGGCGCCACCGUCGGGCGCGGUGUGCAUCGAGCUGGACGAGACAGGGUUCGUGAGCACGGAGACUCUCAGUGACACCGAGGUGAUAUCGGAGGAGACGGCCGAGUCGGGAGACACGGCGUCAUCGCAGGAUAAAACGCGCAACGACACGGUGACUCCGACAUGAUGUCUGCGUGCUGCCGACCCUUGACCUUUGACCCUCCCCCGACGACGGGUUUAGCAAUAUGGACCGUACGACGGAGCGCGUCCGGUAUAUUGAGCUAGUGUAGCGACGACGCCUGCUUGCAUGAAACUCGAGCAUGUUUAGUAAGCCUCGGUCUCCGACGUUUGGGGCUGUGAUGUGUGGAACGCCGACCACUGCAGUGUAUGGUCAGGCGGAAUGGUGUGAUUUCAUCGCUUCUUCUCUCUGGUGGUGAUUGUGUGAGUUCGCGGCGACAGCUGUCAUUCAGCCAUUGCGUUGUGUCCACCUACGUAGUUGGUUUUUUAUUGAAUUUUACUUUUUAACUCCAAUGCCAGUCAUUUGAACAGGUUAAGUUCGUUCCAUUGCAAAUGUUCACCUCGCCUUCUUUUAAAUUGUAGCAUCUUGAUUGACCAAAUAGCUUAAAAAACCGUUUACCUGGGCUUCUUACUGAGAUAAUAUCGGUAUAUGAGUUCAGAAAUGGUCACAAUAUGGCAGAUAUAAUAGAUUAUUGCACACUGUAUAUGGAAUGCCCUGCCACUAGACUUUCGGAAUCAGUCAUAUUUUCAUAGGCAUGCUCCUGGCCUUGUGUAUAUAUCACUUCAAAACAUGUGUAUGCAUGACAAAGGCAAAAGUUAAAAGGUCUAUUAGCAUUAAAUCAGGUCCAUGCAACACACAUUUUGCUUAUUUGGUAGCUAGCUAGCUAUUCAUUGUGGUUGUAACAUUGGUAACCAUGCAAGACAAUGCUACCUGACGUAGAUGUGAAAUGGCAUUUGGUCAAGUUGUUACCAAACUUGCUUAAAAUUUUUGCCAUGGUUAGUUCAGAAGUGACGUUACACCACUGAGGCAAACCACUACAUGUAUGCAUAGUUAGACAUAACGCGAGAGAGGCAGCAACAAAUGCACGUCAUAAGUAAAAUGAUCUUUCCAUGCAUCUUCGCAAGACUUGCGAACAGUUAUUGUUUAAAGUACAUAUCCUCUAGGACCAGAAUGUGGCGCCAUCUAUAUGUAAAACAUGUUAUCAAUAAGAACCACCUGUUCGAUGGUGCGCCCCCCAACAUACAAAUCACUAGUUGGACUUAAUUGGGGACUUAUCUAUAAUAUGUAGUGUAGCAGUACCAUUUGAUAACUGUUGCGCGCAAGGAAAAAAAGAACUCGUGGUUCUGUUAUUGGAACACAUAGGAGAUGUGAGGGUGAUGUGAAGGUAGUAAAUAGGGUGGAUGGUUAAGCCACAAUUGUAAAGAGAGCAGGCUUUUUAAUGCUGUGGGCUAAUUGUACUUUUACUGAUGAUAACUGCACAGAGACGAGGGUGUUUAUUUAUGUGCGUUGUGAGCGUGUGUUGAUGAGAGUGAGUGCGUGCGUGUGCGUGCGUGCGUGAGUCCAUGCACCCGGCCAUAUGCAUUAGUGCGCGUAUGUGUGUGUUGCCAAUAGCAACGCGCCGCUGGCGACCUAGCAUUGCAAAUGAGGUAUCAUAUUUUGUAUAUAUUUGCUGGUUGGACUCUGACUGCUGUGCAGGUAAGAUUUUAUGUUUUGGUUUUAGGUUUUAUGUUUCCCAAUCUUGGUUAGUGACGAGUACAAUUUAUAACGACGCGUAUUUGUAUAGUAGUCCGUGGCCCACUCCGGCGUUCCUGUAGUGUUGUGCGUUUGUUAUUAUUGUUAUUUAUGCUUUUGCGGCGCCGCGAUCGUGAUCUCGUGCGCAGUGCUGCAUUUUUACCAUGUGAUUUGUACGCACAAUCGGUUGUCGCAUUUCCCGUCGUUUUCGAUUGUCACCCGUCAGCACACCUGCAGUGCGCAGCAACGUCGGUGCAUGUUCUGGCACGUUGGGCGUAGCGUUUUCGCGCACAUCUUCCGAUUUCUCUGUGAACGACAUUUAUAUGCGCUAAUGCACAAGUUUUUGCUGAUAGCAGCUGAUCGACAGCGGUGGUGGUCGUGUUCCCUCGUGUGGAGUAUGUUUGUUGCGCGGCUGCUUGCCGCCUUCCCGAAUCUGCACCGUGGAUGGAUGGCCCAGCGUGGUCGCGUCGUGCUGAACAUUGGUUGUCGCUAUAUGCACACACAGGCUCGCGUAAAGUGCGACUCGAAUGGCAUGUGUAGGUGUUCCCUGCAGAGAUACGUCUGCCUGCCUCCGUGCCUGCCUGCAUGCCUACCUGUAACGCCUACCUGUCUGUAACGCUUUGACAAAGAGAAGAGGAUGAGAGAAUGUAUGGCAAAACUCUUCACGUGUGUGUUGGAACACGUACUUUUGGAACAUCACUGCGCAAGCGUGGAUGACAGGUGUGUGUGUGUGUGUGUGUGUGCGACAUUUCACGUGGCCAUGGUUUUCACUGAAGUUUUCGUGUUAAAGCUCAUAUACUGUCUAAAAGUGAUCUUUCUAAAAAAUGUCAACUACAUGCGUAUGCGUUCUAUAGUUAUAUUGUGCUAUAUUACGCAUUUUAGUGAUAUAACUUCGUUUUUUGGAUCGUCUAAAACAAGACGAAGUGUGGCAAUUAGAAAAAGGUUUACUGUGACAAGAAAAUAGGCUUGCUGAGCACGUGACAAUAUGACGAUAUAGCUGGUACCGGAAGAUGUCAAUAGAUGGCGCUGACUAUUAUUUUGGCAAGGACUUGUUAAUAGUGAAGAAUUCGUUAAAAAUGUGUCAAAUGUAAAUCUCGUCGUAAGAGACUGCCAUCUUUGAAACUGUCAUUCCUAAAGUUUUUAAUGCCAGGUGAUAAUUUAUUUGCACCGUACGAUCUUAUUGUGUGACGUAACUGUUUUAGCCUCGCGGGUGCACCCAGCUCGCUUCAAUCACAGUUCGUCUUUUGUCAGCAGUUUUUCGGCGCAUCCUUUGUGUUAUUUUAUCCCAGUGCAUGGUGAUAGCCAUUCGCUACUGCUGUACGAAUCGUUAUUCAAAGAAAGCGCGUUAUUUUCACGAGCCUGUAUCUGCACGUCUAGAUUGUCGCGUGUGGGUAGAGGGGACGUUGCGUCUUCCAUCGUGUCACGCUGUGCGCUGCACUUUCUAACGGUGUGUCACGCUGUGCGCUGCGCUCUCUAACGGUGUGUCACCCUGUGCGCUGCGCUCUCUAACGGUGUGUCACCAUGUGCGCUGCACUCUCUAACGGUGUGUCACCAUGUGCGCUGCGCUCUCUAACGGUGUGCCACCAUGUGCGCUGCGCUCUCUAACGGUGUGUCACGCUGUGCGCUGCGCUUUCUAACGGUGUGUCACCAUGUGCGCUGCGCUCUCUAACGGUGUGUCACCAUGUGCGCUGUGCUCUCUAACGGUGUGUCACGCUGUGCGCUGCGCUCUCUAACGGUGUGUCACCAUGUGUGCUGCACUCUCUAACGGUGUGUCACCAUGUGCGCUGCACUCUCUAACGGUGUGUCACCAUGUGCGCUG